AUGUCCAGAUCCGGGGACAGGACCUCCACCUUCGACCCCAGCCACAGCGACAACCUGCUGCACGGCCUCAACCUGCUGUGGAGGAAGCAGCUCUUCUGCGACGUGACCCUGACGGCCCAGGGCCAGCAGUUUCACUGCCACAAGGCCGUGCUGGCCUCCUGCUCCCAGUACUUCCGAUCCCUCUUCUCCAGCGGCGGCGGGAGCGGCGGCCACCCCCACGCCCUGGGGCUGGGGCCCGGCGCCCAGGACGGGCUGGGCGGCCCGCCGAAAGACCCGCAGCCGCAGCCGCCCGAGGAGCCCGGCACGCCGUCCUCCUCCCCGGAGGACAAGCUGCUGGCCAGCCCGCGGGCUAUCAACAACCUGGUGCUGCAGGGCUGCUCGUCCAUCGGGCUGCGCCUGGUGCUGGAGUACCUGUACACGGCCAACGUGACCCUCUCCCUGGACACGGUGGAGGAGGUGCUGUCGGUCAGCAAGAUCCUGCACAUCCCGCAGGUCACCAAGCUGUGCGUGCAGUUCCUCAACGACCAGAUCUCGGUGCAGAACUACAAGCAGGUGUGCAAGAUCGCCGCCCUGCACGGCCUGGAGGAGACCAAGAAGCUGGCCAACAAGUACCUGGUGGAGGACGUGCUGCUGCUCAACUUCGAGGAGAUGCGCGCCCUGCUCGACUCGCUGCCCCCCCCGGUGGAGUCGGAGCUGGCGCUUUUCCAGAUGUCCGUGCUCUGGCUGGAGCACGACCGCGAGACCCGCAUGCAGUAUGCCCCGGACCUCAUGAAGCGCCUCCGCUUCGCCCUCAUCCCGGCCCCGGAGCUGGUGGAGCGGGUCCAGUCGGUGGAUUUCAUGCGCACCGACCCCGUGUGCCAGAAGCUGCUGCUGGACGCCAUGAACUACCACCUGAUGCCCUUCAGGCAGCACUGCCGGCAGAGCCUGGCCAGCAGAAUUCGUUCCAAUAAGAAAAUGCUGUUACUGGUUGGAGGAUUGCCUCCCGGACCUGACCGGCUACCCAGCAAUUUGGUUCAGUAUUAUGAUGAUGAAAAGAAGACGUGGAAAAUACUGACAAUUAUGCCAUAUAACAGUGCCCAUCACUGUGUCGUGGAAGUGGAAAACUUCUUGUUCGUACUGGGAGGGGAAGACCAGUGGAACCCUAAUGGGAAACACAGUACAAACUUUGUUAGCCGAUACGAUCCCAGGUUUAACAGCUGGAUACAACUUCCACCCAUGCAAGAGAGGAGGGCCAGUUUCUACGCCUGCCGCCUCGACAAGAACUUGUAUGUGAUCGGCGGAAGAAACGAAACUGGUUACCUGUCCAGCGUGGAGUGCUAUAAUUUAGAGACGAAUGAAUGGCGCUAUGUGUCUUCCCUACCGCAACCUCUGGCAGCCCAUGCAGGAGCAGUUCACAAUGGCAAGAUAUAUAUUUCAGGAGGUGUUCACAAUGGAGAGUAUGUCCCCUGGCUAUACUGCUAUGACCCUGUGAUGGACGUCUGGGCCAGAAAACAGGACAUGAACACGAAGCGAGCAAUCCACACUUUGGCUGUAAUGAAUGAUCGACUGUAUGCAAUUGGAGGAAACCAUUUGAAAGGCUUCUCCCAUCUUGAUGUCAUGCUUGUGGAAUGCUAUGAUCCAAAAGGCGACCAGUGGAAUAUUCUUCAGACUCCUAUUUUGGAGGGCCGCAGUGGCCCUGGCUGUGCAGUUCUGGAUGACAGUAUUUACCUUGUAGGGGGCUACAGCUGGAGCAUGGGGGCCUACAAAUCUUCUACAAUUUGUUAUAGUCCUGAGAAAGGGACUUGGACAGAGCUAGAAGGAGACGUUGCUGAGCCACUUGCAGGCCCUGCUUGCUCAACUGUCAUACUGCCAGCCUGUGUACCAUACAACAAAUGA